AUGACAAAUGAAGAUUAUAUUGCAUUUAUCGUUAUUGAGGUGGCCAUUGCGCUUAUGUCCUGUUUGGGAAACUUAUUGGUCAUUGCAACAAUAUUGGUCAAUAAUUUACUGAGAGAAUCCAUAUUCAUUUUCAUCAUUUCUUUGGCCGUGGCAGACUUCGCUGUGGGAGUUUUUGUCAUUCCUAUAUGCAUCAUCUCAAGCUUUGAACCAGAAAUACAUUUUUACAUCUGCUUGUUUAUCUCCUGUAUCAUAUUGAUAAUAACCCAGAGUUCGAUUCUGUCCCUUCUGGCUAUUGCAUUCGACAGAUAUCUGCGUGUCAAGAUACCAACGAAGUACAAGAUCAUUGUUACUCAGCGACGUGCCGUGAUAAUUGCUAUAGUCUGCUGGUUAAUCUCUACAGUCUUGGGUAUCAUACCCAUGUUAGGAUGGAAUAACAAAACAAGUCCUGGAAACGAGACAACUGCGUUGAACUCCACCUGCAUAAAGUGCACGUUCAUGUCUGUCAUGAGCAUAAGUUACAUGGUCUACCUGAACUUUUUCGGCUGGGUUUUGACUCCUUUGUUGCUAAUGAUUUAUUUAUAUGGAACAAUAUUUUACAAGAUCAGAAAACACCUAAACCAGAACACAGUCAACUCCACACAAUCAGUCCGCCAUUACCAGAAGGAACAUAAAGUGGCAAAAUCGCUUUCCUUAAUAUUGUUUUUGUUUGCGGUGUGCUGGCUUCCUCUGCACAUCAUUAACUGCAUUCUGUUUUUCAGCCCUCAUACUGAAGUCCCAGAGAUCGCUAUAUAUAUUGGUAUUAUAUUGACUCACGGUAACUCAGUUGUUAAUCCCAUUGUGUAUGCUUUUAAGAUAAAAAAAUUUAGAGAAACUUACGUUCAACUCUGGAAUAAAUGCUUUCGUUAG